AUAUUUUAAAUUACAGUAAUGUCAGGACAGGAGCCUUCACGUCCUGACAAGGGCAAGACGGUAAAAAAGGCUAGGAAGGCGAAGUACGUUGUUAGAGUUCCUUCGACGAUACCAUUUUCCAAUGCCAGUACUCGACCAGACGUUGGAUCCUCACGUCCACCACCCCCUUCUACGGCGCCCACACCUUCUACCAUAAGGCCCACUCCUUCUACCAUAGGGCCCACUCCUUCUACCAUAAGGCCCACUCCUUCAGUUGUAGGGCCCACACCUCCUACUGUAGUGCCUACUCCUUCAGUGGUAGGGCCCACACCAUAUAUUCAUCCCUCUUCUAUCCCCACACCAUCUUCUAUACCAUCUCCAGAUGUACANCAGCCAUCUGCUGAUGCUGCUGAUGCUGCUGAUACUGAAGAUUUGGAUGAUCCUGCUCCUCAUGAUCGACCAUUCAUUGAGCCGUGCGGAAAAGGGUUUCUUCCUUCUAGAGUUGCUUCACAGGCCAUCACUAGGACUAUUAAGCAACAAUUUCUUCAGCCCUGGGCAUCAUGGGGAGUAAUCCCUGACGACGACAAAAAACUGUUUUAG